AUGGAGAUAGGCGAUGCUUUGAGCCGUCGUGCUACAAUCAGUAAUAAGCUCGAUGGUAUUUCUCAACAAUACCAUUCGUUGAAAUCUCAAUACACGGAUAAAGUUUCUCAAUUGGAGAUUUGCCUAUUCAAGCAAGGAUCAGAAGGUGGCAAACUUCCAAGCAAAAGCGGAAAGGGGGCUGAGGAGUUCCGAUGGGUUGUGAAGGAAGGUGUCCCCCUCUUUGUGCGUGCUUUAUUUAACUCAAGUGACUUUGGCGCCGUGAAUGCUACCUUGCAGACGUCCGCCAUCCAACUUGGCCUCCAUCAAGCCUGUAUUGAUAUGAAGGAGAAGUAUCAUGAGGAGCUAAAGGAUAAGGGCGUCCUGUUUUCUUACCCAGAUGCGCAACGUCAAAUCAUUGAUUGUUUUCCCGAGAUGACAUCAUACAAGUACUCCCUUUUGUCCAUUUUUGGGGAAGAAGGAAUGGAUGUGGUUGGCUUGAAGAAAUUGUUCAAGGUUGUGGAUUUUUCCAAGGAUGAUGAAGUUGGGUCAUGCUAG